AUGCCUGACUUGAACGAUCCUCCAUGUGAACAGAAUAUUGUGCAUAUGGAAAACUCAAGCAGGCAACGUCGUAUACCAGGAACAUCUCUUAAAACUGGUAGUUACGUCUUGUUACACAACAAGCCAGACGGUAAUCUGCUACGGCUCAAAUCCGUGUUAAAACUGGUUCUGUUUUCUAGUGCCUAUCACCGUCACAAGGGAACAUCUCUUAAAACUGGUAGUUACGUCUUGUUACACAACAAGCCAGACGCUGUUACUGUGCGCUAUCUGACGAGAAGGUUUAUUGGAGAAUACAGCUCUAGUAAAGAUUUACUGUACAGACAUCACGUAUGUAUUGAUGACCAAUCUUGUGAAGUGGAAGUUUUUGAUACAUCCAGAUUUCAGGAUGACGUAUUCCCAGCGGAUAAAGUUGAUUGGGCAGAUGCCUUUGUCGUUGUAUACAGUACCGCAGAUCGUCAGAGUUUCCAUAUGGCUGCAGAAAGUCUGAGACGGAUUCAAGAGCACAUGGCAGGCCGGCACGCACCAGUUAUUCUUCUCGGUAACAAAAAAGACUUGGAACAUGUAAGACAAGUGGGAAUCCACGACGGCCACGAGAUGUCGCUUCAUUUCCAGUGCCAAUUCUACGAAGUGUCAGCAGCUGAUACACACGUAGGAGUAACCCUGGCAUUCCAAAGUGUCUUACGUGAGACUCUAGAGCAUAAGUCUAGAAGAACUUUACCUAUUCGUCAGAAAUUAGGCGCCAUGACUGUAUCAAAGAUGAUUGGUGCUGUUUUUGGAAAAGCCAUUAAGAAUGAUAAAAAGAAAAGACCUUCUCUGUCAUUGUAAAUUUUGUUUUAUUAUGUUAUUUAAGAAUGUGAUGUAUAUAGAAACUUUCGGUUGUUUGAAACCAAAAUAAUAUAAAAUCACUUUCGGGGACAGCAGAAAGCAGUAAUUGUGAGCAUUUGGUGGAAAAUUCAAGCUGAUGAUUUUGUCUAGAGAAAGUAUAACUGCUUUUUUUUAAAGUUAUGCAAUUUAAAGCUGGGCAUAUCAGUUUUUCAUAAAAGGUAUAUCAGUGUGAGAAGAUGAAGGGUCUUUUCACUUACCGAUCUUUUCCUACAAAAUACUAAACAUCUUAGUCAAAUAAUUUACACUGUGUGGUCAACAGGUAAUAAAUCAUUUCCUUUUAACUUAGCAAUUAUUGAAAUUUCAAAACUUCAGAUUUCUACCCGGAUCUUACUUAUUAACCAUUACUAAUGAAGUAGCAGCAAAAGUCAGUAUCCACAUUGACUGGAAAAAAUUGUGGGUAAAAAAAGCUUCAUCAAAUACAUUCCAAAAUCGUUGUGGGUUUUAUGUGGAUAUUUU